AUGGACUUCUACCCUUCGGCAGGAAUGGCUCGGCUGGCCUUGUAUGCCGUCUCGCCUUUCAUUCUGCUGGCCAUCGGGCUGCUCGUCACGCGUCUGGUCACCACUCUAAACUACUACCGAGCACUCCAGCAAUUCAAAGACUCCGGUCCUGGCGGGCAAAGGAUAGUCACGCCUCCAGCGAUACCAUACACCAUCCCAUGGCUGGGACAUACGCUUCCCUUCUUGACCAGCAAUCCGGGCAAGUUCUGGGAUGCACUGUUCAGGUGGUAUCCAAGAUCGACGGGCGUCUGCACGCUGUUGGUCGGCGGAAGGAAGACGCACGUCGUCAUCUCCACUGCUGCCGUUCAGGCAAUGUUCAAGGCGAAAUCGCCUUCUCGCGACGUCUUUGAGCAUGACAUGUGGCGCCUCGUCUUUCGUUUACCCGAGCAUCAGGCUCACAACGCUGAAUCCACGAAAGAUACCGAGCAUGAUAUCAACGCACAGUACAUGACAAGUAUAGAUCGAGUGUGCGUAGGACACCAUCAUCUGAAGCUUGAGGCACAGGACUCUCUCUGACUUGUUUGCAGGAAUGAGCUUACAGCACAAUUUACCCGAGUGCUGGAGGAUGUGCUGAGGAAGGAUGCCGCCGAAAUCACCAAGCUAGACCACAUCGGCCUAUACGAAUGGCUUCGCGACCGGAUGUUCAUCGCAUCUUGCACUGCGCUCUUCGGCGAGAAGAUCAUUCAAAUGUACCCGCAAUUCUGUAACGACUUCUACGAAUUCGAUGUGGACUUCCUCAAAUUCUUCUUCCGCCUUCCUACCUUCAUGAUGAAAGAAGGGUACGCUCGUCAAGAACGCAUGUAUGCCAAUCUUGCAAGAUGGAACGCCGAGAUGCAUCGAUUGAGCGGAGGAUCACCGGUCGAUCCGGAGGGACCAGCAUACGAGCCUCUUUUCGGCAGCCGACUCAACCGCGCACGCCAGAUAGGCUACAAGCUGCGUGGGCUCGACGCACGCUCCUCUGCUGCUCUUGACGUCGGAAUCACAUUCGCGUUGUCCAGCAACGUGGUCCCCAUCACUGGCUGGAUGCUCUACCACAUCAUCGACCCCAAGGCACCCGAGACGCUUCUUCCACGAGUGCUGGCAGAGAUCAAAGACGCGUGCAAAGCAGACGGAUCCUUGGACAUCGCUACGCUGGUCUCCCAACCCUGUUUGCAGAGUAUUUGGACCGAGACUUUAAGAAUGUACACGGACGUGUUGAUCACUCGCAAUCUGCCGGAAGACAUCACUCUGCCAUUAGACGAGGACGGCAAACGCUUGGUGCAGCUGCGGAAAGGCGACAAUCUCUUCGCACCCUCAUGGCUAAGUCAUCACGACCCUACAGCCUGGUCCGACGAAUCGUCACCACCGGAUGUCUUUGACGCGGAUCGAUUCCUAUCGAAAGACGCCAAGACGGGCAAAGACACGUUCUCCAUGCGACGAAGCACGGCGAAGUUCAGACCUUUUGGUGGCGGGAAGACCAUUUGCCCGGGCAGGAUCUUCGCAAAGCAGGAAGGCAUUGGCGCGGUUGCCAUGGUGCUGCUCAAGUUUGAUCUGGAUGUUAAGGGCUUUGUUGACAUCAAUAAGAAGCCGACCGGAGACUUUCCGGGCUUGAAGCCCGCCCUUCCUGGGACUGCAGGUCUUGUCCCUGGCGGUGACAUGCUUGUCAAGGUUCGUCUUCGCCAGCAGUGA